AAAAUAGCCGCUCGAUAAAAAUUAAAUAAAAAGGGAAAAAGAAAAAGGUGAAGCGGAUUCUUGAUAUAUUUUCUUUCUUCGUGGCUUUGCGUUUUGCUUGGUCGUCGAGGCGAGGGUCAGCCAGGCACUGAUAGUUAUGAGUUCCCCUGCGGCUGUUACAGUCAUCUGGGACUUUCAGUAUGCUUGGAUCCCUGAGGGCUACGAUCUUCGUUCCCUUAAGACCAGCAUUAAAUCUGCCCUCAAACGAUGCAAUCCUGAUUUCUUCAUAGAGGGGAAAUUGAUUGCAGUUGGACAUGCCAUUGGAGAUAGACAUCAAGCCAUCACUAUGCUCCCUGAUGACUUCGAACUCUCACCUGUCCAACCAGAUAACGCUCGUACUCCAGACCCAGAAGAUCAAACUGCUUUGGAGUUGGUCUUGAAGCUCUCUAUGAAAGUAUUACACAACAGGGCUAACAUUUUUGGUCAUUUCUGGAAACCAUGAUGUGAUGGGUGCGAUUAACAGAUGGACACAAAGGGGUAUAUUUAUUAUGUUAGCCCUACCUGAAAGCUCGGACCCAAGCUUCUACCACUGUGCCAACGUGACUUGGCUUUUGUCUUCCGAAGAUCCUGAGAGAGCUGCUGCCACGAUGGUUAAUGGAGGUGGACCGAUCCCUCCUGUACCGAACUUCUACUUCUAACCUUUUUUGUUAUUUUCUUCUUUUUUUUUGCAGGAUGAGCGUAAUAAAAUAGUGGUAGAUAUAACAAGAACUCCUAGUAAUAUCAUCUGUUUUAGUUUCAGACUCUCUUAUGCUUGCGCUGUUUUAGUUUCAGACUCUCUUUAGCUGCUUUUUGUGUUGGAAUAUGACUUUUGAGUAAUAUUGUAGUAUUAAGCUUCUGUCUUUCU